UGUCCCCUCCCCCAUCCGUCGGGCUCUGCUGGUGCUGCCGCUGCCGCUGGUGCUGCCGCUGCGGACCGUCUGGUGUGUGAGAGCCGGAGCCCGAGCCCGAGCCCGAGCCCCGCGCCCAGGCCCCGCAGCGCGCAGCCGCCACGGACACCGGCCGAGGGACCGGGCACACCGCCGCCGCCGAGGGAGACCAGGGCAUCGCCGCCGCAGCCGCCGCCACCUUCUCUCGCUGCUACCCUCUGGGUCUUCAGUCUUCCACAAUGAACCCUGUUUACAGCCCCGUCCAACCUGGGGCUCCCUAUGGCAACCCCAAGACCAUGGCCUACACAGGUUACCCUACUGGUUACCCAACAGCUGCCCCAACCUACAACCCCAGCUUAUAUCCAACCAAUAGCCCAAGCUAUGCUCCAGAGUUUCAGUUCCUGCAUUCAGCUUAUGCCACGCUGCUGAUGAAACAGGCCUGGCCCCAGACCUCAUCGUCCUGUGCCACUGAAGGUACCUUCCACCUCCCGGUGGACACUGGGACCGAGAACCGAACUUACCAAGCUUCGUCGGCGGCUUUCAGAUACACAGCAGGAACACCCUACAAGGUCCCACCCACCCAGAGUAACAGUGCACCACCUCCCUACUCUCCAUCACCUAAUCCUUACCAAACGGCUAUGUACCCUAUUCGAAGUGCCUAUCCUCAGCAGAACCUGUAUGCCCAGGGAGCUUAUUAUACACAGCCUGUGUAUGCCGCCCAACCCCAUGUUAUCCACCACACCACUGUUGUCCAGCCCAACAGCAUUCCAUCAGCCAUCUACCCAGCACCUGUGGCUGCUCCCAGGACCAAUGGGGUAGCAAUGGGCAUGGUUGCUGGAACCACCAUGGCUAUGUCAGCAGGUACCCUGUUAACUACACCACAACACACUGCAAUCGGAGCCCACCCUGUCUCCGUGCCAACAUACCGGGCCCAAGGGACCCCCACGUACAGCUAUGUACCUCCACACUGGUAAACUUCAGCAGCCAAUUCACAUUGGGAGUCAGACAUGGUAUGCAACAACUCAAGUCUUACACCCGGUGCUGGCAUGAUUCCAGACCAGCGCCAUGCCCGUCUGCAAGAACAACAACCACUGAAAAGUGCCAGGGUCACUUUAUGCAUCCUUUAGUGUUUGGGGUUUUUCUUUUUUUUGGGGAAAAAGCUGCGUUUUCUGAUCUUCUCCCUCCUCCCUGGCCCCUUCCUGCCAGCCCACUCCCCGCCACAUCCCCCAAAUGACAACCCUCACUCUGACCCUGGCCAGUGGUCACAGUCUCUUUAGUCUUCUCAUUUCUAGGCCCAAGCAUUCAGUUUCGGGUGGCAUGCCCCCACUGGUGUUUUGUUUUGAGUUGUUCAGCCAGUUCAGCCAGUGACUGGGUUUGUUUGUUUGUUUGUUGGAGGGAAUGACGCGUGGUAUGGCAGGUGGUCUUCAUUCUGGUUUGACUUCCUUCUCUUGUUCUUUUGAGGAGGGGAGGGGGUGAGAUCAGUUAUUGACUCUUCCAUACCAUGAUACAAAUGAAACUCGCGUCUUCCAGAGAGCCGUCAUGACCGAUCAUAAUCCAUCAUCCAAAGCCAGCCCAUCAAUAGGAAUCCAAAACUCAUGGGAAUGUUAGCAAUGGGACACAUUAGUUUUAGAACAUAGGAAGGCUUUGGAUUUGCUCCUCAUCAGAGGUCGGGCUGCUUUUUUAAAAGAGGGGGAGGGGGAGGGUGGGGGGAGGGGAAAGAAAUGGUCUUGGAGGCCAAGGGAUGGAAAGAAGGGAGGAACUGGCACAGGAUUUGCAACUUUGUUGUAAGAGGUCUCAGUUCUGGACCUUCUAAGUAUUAGACCUUCUUGGUUCUCGAGGACACCAGACCUCCCAAGUACUGAACUAUCUGGGUGUCGGGCCUUCUGAUUGCACUGUGUCAUAACCAAGCAGUUCCUCUGAGGGCAGCUGAUGCCUACAACAGCCCCAGAUGGGACAGGUGAAUAGAAAAGAAACACAGGGAUCUCAAGUCAUGCAUCAGAAUGUCUGUCUUCCAAGGCCAGCUCUUUCCUAGGUGGUAGAUGAAGUUGCCAGGCCAAGCACCCAAAGAGAGCGCAGGAAGUCCAUCACCCUGAGUUGACCUCCCUGCAGGAGGAGGAGCAAGAAUUGGUGGGGCAUGGGAUCUGUUCUCGAGAUAGGUGUGGUAGCAUCCUGUGAUGGAGACCACAGUACCGCCACCACCUCUUGUCAGGACGCACUCUGGCCUGUCGGGGCAGGCACCGCCAAGCAGACUAGGACCAGAGCACUGCAAGUCCUUGCUGCCUAGCACCAGGUCCCAGAUGCUGCUAACACUAUUUUGUUCAUUGAAGAAGUUAUUGAGUAACAUUUGAGGUGCUUCUAGGGAGAGAACUGUGGGGGCAGUAAGGAAAAUAGGGUGAAAUUGGGAUCAUGGAGCAAUAGCAAUAAACAUUUCAUAAACUCAUGGAGCUGGAAGGGGCCCUUUUGUCCAACCCCUUCCUUUUACAGAUGAGGGAACCCAGACCCAGAGAGGGGAUUUGACUUGCCCCAGGUCACACAGCAAGUGAAGCCACCUGGAGAAGGGGCAGAUGGUGUGAGGGCUGGGCGGCAGGUGGGCAUAAAGCAAUAAAGACCUACAAGCAGAGGGAGGAGGACACAGCAGAGGAGGAAGCACCCUUUGUAAAUAACACUGAAGGUACAUGGCAGCUCACACUCGUGAAGGCCAAGGAAAGGAAUGGAGCAGAGCUCCCAGGCGGGCCAGAGAAUUGCGGUACCUCAGCAUAGACUCCAGCGUCCCUUCAGGCUGGGGUAAGGAGACACAAUGUGGGUUGUACUCAGAGGAGGGGACGAGCUGAGAAGGGAGAUGACCACCUGAGGUCCCCAGGCCCAUCCUGAGACAGACUUCUGAAAAAUCUCACAGGUUGGGACCACUUAGCUGCUGUCCAAAGCUUGAGAAAAGGUCAGUCCAUCCACUGUCCUUUAUUGUUUGGGGUGGGAGGGGGAACUCUUGGUUUCUUCCCAGGGCCAUUGGAUGAAAUGGAAUUGUAACAAGAUCCUCAUACUGCUUAAAACUGGGGUUUCAGUAAAUAUUCAGUGGUGAUUCAACAGACAUUAAGCACCUACUGUUUGUGGGGGCUUUGGUGAUCAGUGUUGUAGAAGGGAACCAAGGGAAUGGAAAGAUGAACAAAAUAGGAGUGCACAUUUUAUUCCAUACUUUAAACAAUGACUUUGCUUAGAAAAUUAAACCAACCAAAAUAGAUUGAAAGCUGGAAGGGUACUUGGGUCCCCGUCUACUUGGAGCCUCAUCACAAAGGUCACCCCAAUACCUGACAGAAAAGCACCAGUCAUGAUUAUUAGUUACUGUUCAGUCCUUCAGUGAUGCAGUGAUUUACGUGGCAUGUAGGCUAUAACCCUUCUACACUUUUCCAUCUAGUGGGAUUCUUGGCUUUGUCCUUCUCUGAUGUCUCCAGAGAAGAUCCACCUGCCACACUGGAAACUCCCUUUGCCCCCUUUCAUAUUUCUUGUGUCCUCACUCUUGCUAUAUGGGGGCGGGGGGAAGGUCAUGUAUCAAAAGUGGUUUUAAAAACAGAAGGGAAAAAAGAACCUUCAGAAAUCUCUCUCUCUCUCUCUCUCACACACACACACACACACACACACACACACACACACACACACACACACACACACACAGUGGUGUUUUGGGCUAUACCUCAAUUUGUUUUUUAAAGAAUACCUGUACCACAGUGUUAACCUACUUAGUUUUACAAAGACACCCACCUGGUUUUUUGUUUCAUAGGUCUGAUUUAUGGAUCUCUGACUUUACCUUAAAUAAUUCUUGGAUGGAUCUAUGAUCUCAUCAGUAUUGAUAACCCCUUCCAGGUCUUAUCCCCUACAGUUCUUGGCUGUGUCUUUCUGUACAUUUUCCAUAGUGAUUCUGCCCAAGACAAUGAAGGACUUCCUCCAGUUCUUUUAAUAUUUUUUGGAUACCAGUGGAUGUCACACACAUGUUAUAAAAGUACCACAAAAUCAAGAACAAAAAAAAAGAUGCCUCCCAUGUUUAUAGCAUCAUAUGCAAUUUUCCAAGUACUUUCUCAUCCAUUAUUUCAUUUGACCCUCCCUAAAACUCUAGAAGCAGGAAAGGCGUGAUUACUCCCAUUUCACAGAGGAAGAAGAGGCCCAAAGAAGGGAAAUGACUUGUCCAAAGUCCCACAGAGCCAUACAUUCUGAUACUGCAGUCUCCAGAGUUCCACGCUGCCUCAGUUUCCCCAAAGUCUAUGUGGACAAAAAAUGGGGAAGUGAGAAGGUGAAGGGGUUUCAGAAGUUUCAUGUUUCCAUCAGCGUAGAUGAUAAAAGAAAGGAAGUUAGUUGCUCUUGUAGUUCUGAAAGUUGUGUUGUUUUUGAGGCCUGUAGGGUGUGUCUGUUGGGGUGUUUAUGAUGGAGAAUGCUUAAGAGGGGAUGCCCAGAUUUGUUUAUCUCUCAUGAUUGGAAUAUUUCUCAUCACCAAUACCAAAGGAGCCUGGUAAGUAUUAUUCUGUCCCCUAGCCAGAAGUAGCCAUGCCCUUGGAUUUUGAAACCCUGGGCCUGAUUGAGGACAGAAAAGUCACUGGGGGAGUUCAAGGCCACAGGAAAGGUAGCUCAGGGUUGGCCAAAAAGGACUGGUUUCUGAUUGACCCAGUUGUUAGCCCCUCUGCAUUGAGAUCUUGACUACUUGGAGAGAGAGAGAGAGAGAGAGAGAGAGAGGAGGGAGGGGGAGAGAGUGCAUGCAUGAGAGGAAAGAUGGGAGAGAGGAAGGGAAAGAAUGAGAGGAGAGAAAAGAGAAAGAGAAGGAAAAGGGAGAGGGAGAAAGCACAAGAGAUGGAGCAAGUGUGUCUGGUUGAGCAAUUUGAUGUGAAUAUUGGCAAGAACAAUUAGAAGUGGGGGGUGUUGGGAUGGGAGCACUCCUUUCCCACUGGCAAGAUACUAGCCCUGGUAAAGAUGGUGUCUUUGAGGGACCCCCUUGCUUGGCUGUAUUCUAAGUUUGGGAUAACAAUAAGGAGUCAUGUUUCUAUAGCGUAUUGGUGUUUCCAUGGUGCUUUCUAUGUUAUCUCAUCUGAUCCUUACAGUUCCACAAGAUAGGUAGUACAAGUAGUAGUAUGGUCCCCAUUUUACAGAUGGAAACAGACCAUGAGGGAAAUCAGUUUGCCCAAGGUCACAUAGCUAGUAACUUGACAGAACUAGCACUGGAAACCCAGGCCAGAAACUAAAUUGCCUUGCAGUAUGUUACCACUACCCCUGAGACGCACAUCUGUGUACACACACACACACACACACACACACACACACUCUCUCUCUCUCUCUCUCUCUCUCUCUCUCUCUCUCUCUCUCUCUCUCACUCACUCACUCUAACAAACAUACACACCCAGUCAGGCAAAUGUAUAGGAUGAUGCACUUGAAUAGAAUUCAAGAUUUAAAGCUGGAGGAGGCCUUAGAGACAGAUCUUCUAGAAUCUCAACCUUAUUUGUAUUGUGGACCUCUUGGGCAGCCUACGCAUGGACCCCUGUUCAAAGUCAUGUUUUUAAAUGCAUAAAAUGUAUUUCAAAAACAAACACAAGGGGGGCGGCUAGGUGGCGCAGUGGAUAGAGCACCGGCCCUGGAUUCAGGAGUACCAGAGUUCAAAUCUGGCCUCAGACACUUGACACUUACUAGCUGUGUGACCCUGGGCAAGUCACUUAACCCCCAUUGCCCCGCAAAAACAAAAACAAAAAAACAAAAACAAACACAAGUUAAUGAACCCCAGGUUAAGCAUCCCUGAAAUAAUCCAACCCUUCAAGAAGCAGGCCUUUUGAUUAGAGCACAGAGAAAGGACAACAGGGGCAUUUCAAGUUAGCUGUGGAGGACUUUAAAAGAGUUUAAAAAGAGUUGUCACAUGUCAGAGCUGGAAGGGACUUUGGGUCUAGAGUGUGACAGUCAGAAGGCAGUUUAGAACAGAACAGAAUGUCUGAGCCAGAAUGGGAUCUAAGGCAAUAGAAUGCUAGAAUACAGAAUGUUUAACCCAGGUGUAAGUCAGAAGAAAUUGAGGUUCAAAGAGGGGAGUCACUUGUCCAAGUUCAGAGAGUUGGUAUCUGAGCUGGAACUAAAAUCCAAGUCUCCUGAUUCCUGGUACAGGACUCCUUUCCCUGCCCCACAUUGGGCAUGGGUAGCAGUAGGAGCCAGAGCAGGUGUGUAUAAGGAGAUGUGGCAGAAGCUGGUUGCACCCUCUGGGAGCACCUACAUUUAAAACUAAGUACCCAUGACCAAUGAGGCUUUUUGCUAGAUGCCGGAAGUCCUGAGAUAAGACAGGGUCCCUGCCCUCAUGAAGUUUGCAUUUUGGUGGGGAAAAGCUACAUAGAUAACUCAGAUACCAGGGAGUGUGAGACAAGGCAGAGGGUGACCCCUUUUAGGGAGCUGACAGUUUGAUAUACUGCAGUACAACAAAGUACAGCUCAUUUUCUCCACUGUAGGGAGGCCAUGACAACUUUCUUCUGCCCCAUGCCCAAAAAGGAAAGGAUUACCUUGUUUGGUUCCCCACAGUGGAAGGAAGCCAGAGAGAGAGAGUUAGCAUUUAAAGUAUAGUAUGUCAGAACUGGGAGGGACCUUAGAAAGGACAAUGUCAGAGUUGAGAGGGGCCUUAAAGCUCACCUUUUCCCCACCUAGUUUUAUAGGGGAGAGAUUUUAGUGUGGCAUAAGGAAAAACUUCCUAAUAAUCAGGGGAAUAGGCUACUCUGGAGGUCCGUUCUUAUAGCAAAGGCUAGAAGACCACUUAAUGGAGCUAUUGUUGAGGGAAAAUCUAUUCCAACUUGAGAAUUCCUACUAGCUCUAUGAUUUCCAAAACACUGCAUUGAAACUCUUCAGAUAGCAAACAGUCUUUGAUGGCCAUAAUCCUGAUCUGGGGGUCAGACACUAAACAGGAAAACACUAAGUAUAUUAAAGGGCUUGGCACAAAGAUACCUUCCACCCUAUGGUCCUUUGCUAACAGUGCAGAGGCAAGGGAGCACAGAGGACAUGGUGGCAGGUAGUGGAAAAGAACUCUUCCCCUCAUCUCACCUGAGUUCACGUUUGAGUAGUGGCAAGAGCAUUGACUGUACUUGACAUGAGGAGAUUUGGUUUUGAAUCCCAGCUACGUAACUUGGGUCAAGUUAGCCUGCAUGCCUCAGUUUUAUUCUUUAUGACACAGGAGGGUUGCACUAAAUGAUCUUGGACAUCCUUUCAUCCUGUGUUAACUUAUCCAACUGUCUAGCCCUGUGCUGCCUGGCAUAGUGGAAAGAACACUAGAUUUGGAGUCAGAAGACCUGGCUUUGCAGUCUACCAUGUGACCAUGGUCAAGUCAGGUGCCCUCUCUGGGCCUUUGUUUUUCCCUGUCUGUAAUCUUGGGAUAACAAUUACUUGCACUACUUGCCUCACAGAGUUGUUGUGAGGAAAGCACUUUGUAAACCUCAAAGCAUUCUAGAAAUGGGAGCUGUUAUCGAGAAGGAGGCUGAUCUUCCCAUACCUGGACCUGCUUCUUGAAAUGUAUGAAUGGGUCAUGUAUAACAUAAACACAACCGAUAUUUACUAAACACUGUAAGCAGGGCUCCGGGGUAGGCAUGGGAAAGAUAGAAAGUUUAGCUAAGACGUGAAGGGCCCUUCCCUUCAAGGACCUUCAGUCCUUUAGGUAGCACUGAAAGGGAGGUCGUGGUGGAAACCUAGAAUGACACUAAUUUAAUUAAUUUGAUGCUAAUGCCACUGUCAUAGAGUACAUCAGAUAGCUUUGCUUUCAAGCCCAAACUGUCAUGGAGUCUUGAACCACAUAUCAUCAUGGAAUUGUGACCCCAACCAGUAUUCCAAAUAGUGACCCCAGAAAGGGACCCAUGUAAGUCAAAGCUUUCCUUGAAUUUUAUGACCAGAUAGACAUAACCUCAUAAACUUUCUUUUUCCAUGUAUAACAGAGAAACUCAUUAGUCCAUCCCUAGCCUUAUUUUACCAGCAUUUCCCCAAAGGUUGGAGGAUAGUGGUGGGGAGCCUCGGUCAAUAUGGAUUCAAGACUCCACUACCAGCUGUGUGACCUUAGGGAAGUCAUUCCCCUUCCCUGAGCCUUGCUUAGUUGCUUCAUCUGUGAAAACAGGGUAUUGAAGUAGCUGAUCUAAGGUUCCUUUGAUCCUCUUUAUGAUAGGGUUGGGGUGGGAUAUGGGUACAGAGAUGACUAUUUCUAAAAAUGCCAAAGGCUUUAGGUUGACCAAACAAGAUGAUCUGGAGAAUAGUCAGGGCCAUAUUAGAACUUUUGGUGUGUUUGGCCAUCCCAGUAUUCACAGCUUUGUUGACUUAUCCAGAUAUUUCAUGUACAAUUAGACUCCUAGGAUUUUCCUUAAAGAUCCAGAAGGGACCUUGGAGAUUGUGAUACCCAGCACCAACCCUCUCCCCCCAUUUUAUAGAGGAAAAGACUAGCCCAUAGCAAGUCUGGCUGAAGUUAAGGUUUGAGCCUAAGCCUCUACCUUCCCAGCCAACAAUUUCCCCCUCCAUUCUACCUUACAAAUCAUGGUGUGGCCAGAACCAGAGGUCACAGGCUUUACGACCUUGGGAGGAACCUUUUCCCUCCCAAACAAUAGUUGGUAUCUUCCUCUGUAAGAUGAAGUUUGACUAGAAUGAUCACGAAGGUCUUUUUUUACUCUAAAUUCUAUGUUCUUAUGAGCCUUGCAAGCUUUGGACUUUCUGCAAUACAAAGACUUCUACAGGAAGUGUCAGUGGAACUACAAGUUUUGAUUCUGAGGAGGGAUGCCAAAGCUGGGCCUGCUCAUCUUAGGAAAGUGCCCCUCCCAGUGCCGAGUGGGGAGGGGGGCCCAAGCACUAUCCCUCUCAGAAAGAUGGGAUCUCAUUAAAAACCCACUGUGGGAGGCGGGUUAGGGAAGAGCAGUCUUAUUCUCACUUAUCACACAUCCAAAUGUUGUGGGCACAGCUGCCUGGUGAAAUAGCGGCCUGCUUGUCUGCUUUAUCCGUUUCUUAAGUCCCUACCUUGAAACUCUUGAAAUAUCACUAGCUCCUAUUUCUAAGGCUACAACUAAAGCAUUUUCCUAACAAAAUCCCUAAGAAAUAGUCGAUCCAAGUCUUAUUAACCCCAUUUUAUAGAGUAGGGAAAUGGGUCCAGAAAGGGAUCAGUGACUUGCUUGAAACUAUCACAUAAUAAGUAGCAGGCUAGGACUUGAAGAGAGAUCUCCUGAUUUUUUCCAUUGUGCCCUGCUGCCUCUCUAAAUUAUUUUUGUUUUGGUAGGUUGAUGCUCCUUGGGUCCACAGCCUUGCACUCUAGGUUUUUAUAAUCCUCCCUCAGUUUCUCUCAUCAAGUGCUUUCUCUGCUGUGGGCUAUUGGGUCCAGAUGACUUUUGACUUCUACUCCAGGAAGAGGCCGGCUGAAGAGAGAUAGCAGAUGAAUCCAGUGUUUGGGCUGGGGACAAGGCAGAUGGGCUAAGAGAGUGGUACAGGUUAUGGAAUAACUGCUGUGGCAGUGUCUUUCACAUGGAAGUACCAGUCUUCUAGACCAUAGUGAGCACCAUACCUAGGAGCUCUGCUAACAUUGGUGAGGCCCUUGUGUUCUUCUCAUCUAAAUUUCCAACAGUGGCUACAACUUGUGUUUGGAGAGGUUGAAUACCAUAACCAGUGACCUGGCAAGGACACUAUCACCCAACAACCCUUCCCUAUCCCCUGGUGUUCACAAAAGGAAGGAAUGGUCUCACCCUCCCAUCACUAGGUAUUCAGGUGAAGAUGUCCAUCUUGGAUUGCCACAGUCAUAUAUACCUGUUGGGCCCAAAGAACAUUUUCCCCUGCCUAGUAUGGUGAGCCAGUGAUUCUGGUGCCUGUGGCAUCUGGAGUCCUGUAUCUUGCCCCGCCUCACCCUCAUUCCGCUACAGAGUAUAUGAUUUAAGAAGGGAUCAAGAUGGAUCUAACAACCCUGGCUUCUCAAUGGCACCCUUUGUAUCUCCCAACCUCAUCAGUAUCCAAUCCAGUAGCUCAUACCAGGGAAUAUGCAUUCCUAUAAUAUUUAACCUUUUGGGGGGUGGGUAUAUGAUUUUGUAUUUUUUAAAUUAAUUUUAAUCUACAGGUUGUAUCCUAAUUUAAAAUUUUUAUUGGGACUCACAAAUAAGAAAAAUGUAUUUAAAAAAACAAACUUUGACCAAUGUCUUCCAAGCUUGAUCCAAGGACUUUGAUGUAUUUUAGAAACACAGCCUGGAGUUUUAAAGAAUAUGACAGCCCUGCAGCCCCAGCUUGUGUGUAUGAAAUGUAAAUCCUACUUGCUUUUUUUGGUUUCAAUUUCUGUUAUCCAGUUUUCUUUGGUUUUGAAGAUCAGAUAGUGAUCUCCCAGACAGAUUUAAGCCAAGAAUUUGUAACUGUAUGAUACUCACUGUAAGAUGUAGAACAUUCAAUAACUAUUAAAAUGUUUCCCAAAAAAAUGG